GAAUUUCUUUUGCUGUUCAAGAAAGAAUAAUGAAAUCAGACGACUACGGUAUAAUUUUCCUAUUGCCACCUGUUAUCGUUUGUUAUGUUCCUAUGAUGGCCCUCUUUGUGAUGAUGAAACGCUAUAGACCCCAACUGGAUCGUAUCAGUCGCUGCGUCGUCACAAACGCAUUUUCGGAUAUUUUCAAGAUGAAGAAGAAGAAAACUUGUUGUCCUAGAGGAACGCAGUGGCUGUUUAAGGAAGUUAAUUUGACAGAAAAGGAGGCCAUCUUAUCCAAAGUCCGGACCAGAUUUUUGAUCCUGUUUAUUACGAUGUUAAGCGCUGUACUGAAUACAUUUUGGCAGCUCCUUGUGCGGGAUGUAAGCUACGACUGCGAUGAAGACGACUUCACCAAAGACUGCUUCGAACGGAAAUAUACUUGGGAGUCACUGGAUCCCCUAAACUGUAGCAGCGCUACCGUUCAAGAUUUGAUUCGAAAUGGAACCAUACAAGUCAUCUACAACAAAAUCGUCUUCAAUUUUGGACUGGCCACCGGUGUAGGUUAUGGCUCACUCAGGCUUUCUCUAUUCUCCAUUAAUGUGGGUACAAGUCUAAUGCUGAAGAUUAAGGAAACGAAGACUCUACGAUGUGUGCAAGGUAUUGGCGUAUUCCUUCUUCUCUGUGCUAUGACGUCGCUUAUAGUUGUUGCAUCAGUCAUUCCAUCGGUUGAUCGCUUUUUGACAGAUAACUUGAGUGCUGCUGCUCAGAUUAUGGUAACAGCAGUCACUGCAAUGGUCUUCCUUUGCCUCAUUCCCUGGAAGGAGAUAAUCGACUGAAACGUACAGAGGGAGAACCCGUAAUCCAUGGCCUUAGUAGUAAUCAAAUACUACGCUCAGGUAUAUAUAUAUCUACACCAGUUCAGACUUGAAACUGUAGAAAUACAUUAAUCAUUCAACGAGAACGGAAAACAGCAUUGUCUUCCUAUGUAGCUUUCAGGUUAUCUGCUAAUUCGUGAUUUAUGCAGACGCCAGUUUGAAUCUGGUUUGAAUAAUGUGUGAUAUAUAUGAACGGCGUAGUUGUUGAAAUAGCGCUUCCCAUAGCUUCACGCAUUUAGUACAAAUUUAGUCAGUUCAAAUUUGAUAUUCAUAGUAGUUAUGUAUUGGAACGACAACAUGUAGAGCUAUUUUGGUUUUUUUUGUUUAGAGUAGAUUUCUUAUUUACGUUUCAGCCUGUUUUUAUAUU